UCGGAGCGGCCGCCAGCAGCGCCGGAGAUGGGCGAGCAGCCCAUCUUCACCACGCGCGCGCACGUCUUCCAGAUUGACCCCAGCACCAAGAAGAACUGGGUGCCCGCCAGCAAGCAGGCCGUCACCGUCUCCUACUUCUACGACGUCACGAGGAACAGCUACCGCGUCAUCAGCGUGGACGGAGCCAAGGUGAUCAUCAACAGCUCCAUCACGCCCAACAUGACCUUCACCAAGACGUCGCAGAAGUUCGGGCAGUGGGCGGACAGCAGGGCCAACACCGUGUUUGGCUUGGGGUUCUCCUCCGAGCAGCAGCUGACCAAGUUUGCAGAGAAGUUCCAGGAGGUGAAGGAAGCAGCCAGGCUGGCCAGAGACAAGUCCCAGGACAAGGUGGAGACCUCGAGCGGUCACUCCCAGGCCUCCAGCGUCAACGGCACGGACGACGAGAAGGCUGCCCACGCGGGCCCCGGGGACGCGCACCUCAAGUCCGAGAACGACAAGCUGAAGAUUGCGCUGACGCAGAGCGCCGCCAACGUGAAGAAGUGGGAGGUGGAGCUGCAGACGCUGCGGGAGAGCAAUGCGCGGCUGAGCGCGGCGCUGCAGGAGUCAGCGGCCGGCGCCGAGCAGUGGAAGCGCCAGUUCUCCGCCUGCCGCGACGAGAACGACCGGCUGCGUGGCAAGAUCGACGAGCUGGAGCAGCAGUGCAGCGAGGCCAGCAGGGAGAAGGAGAAGAGCGCCCAGCUCGAGAGAAGAAUCGAGGCGCUGGAGGCCGAGCUCCGGGAAAGGGAGACGGAGCUGAGGGACCUCCGGAAGCAGAGCGAGCUCAUACCUCAGCUCAUGUCGGAGUGCGCGUUCGUCUCUGAGAAGCUGGAGGCGGCAGAGCGAGACAAUCAGACGCUGGAGGACAAGGUGCGGGCUCUGAAGACGGACAUGGAGGAGAGCCGGUACCGGCAGAGCCGCCUGAAGGGGGAGCUGAAGAGCUUCCUGGAGGUGCUGGACGGGAAGAUCGACGACCUGCACCACUUCCGCCGCGGCCUGUCCCAGCUGGGCGCCGACCACUAGGGGUCCCCCCGCUGGGGCGGCCGCCCUGGCCUGUGGCCUCCAUCCGCGCGGGCGCGGCUGUCUCAGGCCAGGCCCGCGGUCCCUCCUGCUGGCGCUGGCCAGCGGGCUACUGCCUCGGGGAAGAUUCUGACUCAGGAACCCAGAGCUAGGUCUGCCUUCGCGUUCACACCGGCGCUUGUUUCUUUCUUAAGGGCUGUUGCAACUGUAGGAACUGGGAAGUGUUUUCUGAUCCAAAUAUGAAAAACCUCUGCACCUCCCGUGUGGGAGCCACGUUCAGAGAGUGAAGGUCCCCCGCCCUGCGGCGUCGCCUGCAGACGGCAGGUGGGGGUGGGCGGGGUGCCGCCCCGCCGCCCUGCAGGGUCUCCCCCGACUCCUCUUGGUUUUCACCUCCAGCAGAUCCCCGGGCUGUGGGUGCAGAGCAGGUGAAGGUGCCUGGCACAAAGUAGGUGCUUAAUAAAUACUCGUUUUAUUAAACAUUUAAACAGAAUUUAGCGUUUCAAUCACGCCCCCAGCAGAGCCCACUGGGCACUUGCUGGACCAGACACCCCGGGUGUGCUGGGCAGCCACAGACGUGGACGCCACUGGUGUCAGCCCCUCCCUGCCCCCACUGACUAGUGGCCCUGCACCCCCACCCUGACCCUGGGACCCGCCUGGCCCGGAGCUCGUGCCUGGGGGUUCUGGGGCCACCUGCCGUGCCUGGCCCGGCUCGGUCCAGGCCCUGGGAACGAGGCCCAAUCCCAUGCUGCAUUUGGACAGGUGAGAAAGAGGCUGUACAGGCAGAGAGGGAGGGAAGCUCCUGGGGGGCCUGGCCUGGCACCGAGCAGGCUGCCCUGGUGGCCCCUCAGUUCCUGGUGAGGAAGGGCCGUGGCCAUGGAGCUCUCUCGGAGCACCUCUGGACUGGCUGGCGAGGCGGCUGUUUCUCAAAGCCACCAGCAGUUGGGACCUUUGAGAACCACUGAGACAGCUUCCCUCCAGGAAGACGAUCUCGUGUGGCUGGAGCCCUCCCCGCUGACCGUAGACAAAUGACAGAAGGCGAGCGAGACAGUGGGGCCGGCCCCCAGGGAGGGAGCCCCGGGCUCACGCAGGCCUGGGCAGAGGGGCCACCACCCAACUCCCUUCAGGUGAGGUUCGUGCAGCCUUGUUCCGAGGCCAAGGGCAGACCCCGGGGCUCCCGCCAGGAGUCACUCCCACCGUCCACCCCACCGUGGACACAGUGGUUAGACCGGAGGCCUGAGCGGCCCGGAGGGCCCCCUCGCCUGCCCGUCCUCAGUGGGCAGUUGUGUGCACCGUGGACUUUGCUAGACUCAGGAGUCCGCAAGCUGUCCACAGGUGCUGGCCAGUGACUGGACACGUUUAAGGGUGGACCAAACAGAGCCCCCCGCCUGUUCUAAGAGAGCUCCCUUCCUCUGGAAUUCUGCGCCGACCGAUGAGUGCCGGCCUUGGGCGCCAGGCUCUCUGAGGGGCCUCCCGGGUGCGCCUGUGGGGGGUGGCCAGGAUGGGACUCGGCCGGGGUUUGCGGGGAGCCUGUGUUUUGUGCCACCUACCCUCAAAAUCCCGAUUCUCGCUCCCCUGGAACUGCCCCUGGUUCUGAGAGCUGUAGUGGUUUAAGUGCCCGCAAGGCAGCGUCCAGAUAAGCCGUGAGUGACGUGCGUGGUUUGAGAGGAGCCUGUUUUCUGAUCACGUGAUUUUCCCCAAAGAAAUACCUUCCCAUGCAGGACGGCCUGUUGCCUCCGCGUCUGCUCUGCCUGUGCCCGGGGCUGGGCUUUCUGGGUCCUCGUUAGCACCGCCAGGCCCAGUAGCGGCAGGAAGGUGACAGCUGGAGGGCAGGGGCUGUGCGUGGGGCCUGCGCUCGUGGUUUCUUCUGCGAGUUUGGUUGUUACAGG